AUGUCUUACCCCACUUUGGAGCAUGACAUGCACAGAACUCACAACUUGAAGACCCUCCUGCUAUUGGCAGUGAUCAUGGCAUUUGGCUUGCUGCAGGUCCAGGGGAAUGUGCUGAAUUUCCACAAAAUGAUCAAGUUGAAGACAGGAAAGUCACCCGUGCCCAAUUACGCCUUCUAUGGUUGCUACUGUGGCCUGGGAGGCAAAGGAUCACCCAAGGAUGCAACUGAUUUCUGUCGUCACAGGUGCUGUGCUGCACAUGACUGUUGCUACAAGCAGCUUAAGAAACGUGGGUGUGGCACCAAGUUACUGAGCUACAAGUUUGUGUUCUACCAGGGCCAAACCAUUGGGAGCGAGGUCACAAGUGACCCAGAGACCAAUCACUACAAAGGAAAAAGGGAUGACCAUCACUGGCUUGCACCCAUCAUGACCCAUUCCCAGGCCUCAGUGUUCCGUGCUGGUGUCCCCAUCAGGCUGGGCGUGGCCUUCCUGAGGGGGCAGGGAUUCUGUCUCCCCAUCAAGCCACAGGACGACUGUAGAAGACGACUAUGUCAGUGUGAUAAAAUAGCUGCCGAUUGUUUUGCAAGAAACCUGAGGACCUAUAAUGUAAAGCUCCAAUAUUACAGCAAUCUGAGGUGCACUGGGACUGCCCCCAAGUGCCGAGACUCCCCUGGUUCUGGAAGCCUUGCCACCCAAUGCUGAGUGUCCUUCCCUACUCACUACCCUAGCCAAGUUUCCUGGCAAACACCCUAUUCACUACCCUAGCCAUGUUCCCUGGCAAAGGAAGGAAACCCACUCUCCCGUCCUAGAGAUAAGCCUGGAGCUCUUCUCUCCUCACAUAGAAGUCUGGGCUUGUGUGACUGGCCUCUCCCCCCUGCUUCCUUUGGGCACCAGGAGAGUUCCCCAUUUCCACUCUUCUUCAACUCCAACUUCAUGCUUAGCAGUAGCAACUGUACUCCAGGUGGGCUCUUCUGAGUAAAGAUUUCAUUUGGC